AUGUCGGACUGGGAGGAUGAGUACGACGAGGGCGGUGUCGCGAUUGACAAACCAGUACCCAAAAAGCGUGAAAAGGAAGGAUCGUCAAACGGGUGGAGCGGACAUUUUGAAUUGCAAAAUGACCGGGGCCCGCCGUGCAGCAGGGGCGAUCGGUGGAGCUCAGGGGCUAACAGCUGGAGGAGCAAAGACAGUUUGGAAGCGUGCGACCAAAAGCUCCGUGGAAUAGGGAUUUGUGACUCUACUAAAAGGUGGCGAGGAGGCAGAAAUGGAGGGGAAAGGUCUGGUUCAACACCACCGAUGUCCUUGGUUGUGGUGAAUUCUUCGAUCGGGGCGAUAAUAGGUCGCGGAGGUGCAAACAUUCGUGAACUUGAGGGAGGGAGUGGUGCGAGAAUAAAGAUAAACCGGGGUGAUUUUGAAGGAGAGGUGCUGAUCUUCGGGAGCAGCGAUGCCCAGCAGAAGGCCAGGGAGAUGAUCGAGGAGCUGCUUCAGCAGGGCCCGGGGAGCGGGCCCGUCGGCAGGAGCAGUGGUUCAGGUGGAGGUGGGGGUGGCCGGAGCGAGUCAUGUUGGCCGGCUUCGGCUGUGCGGUGCUCUGAUGACCCGACACCGCCGCCCAUAGACUGGGUUUCCCUGCGCGAGAACCGGCACAAGUACGAGGCUACGAAAUGGCGGGAUCUUCCCCCGAUUCAGAAGGAGUUCUAUGCUGAGACUGAGAGCGUGGCCAGUCGCAGUGUGGAGGAGGUGCAGGCCUGGAGGAAGGAGAACAAUAACAUCUUUGUGGAUGACCUGAAGGAGGAGGUGAAGCGGCCUCUCCCGAAUCCUGUGUGCACCUUUGCGGAGGCCUUCCAACACUACCCCGAGAUCAUGGAGAACAUCGCCCGAGUGAGAUUCACCAAGCCCACCCCCAUCCAGUCACAGGCCUGGCCCAUAGUGCUGAAAGGCUUUGACCUGAUUGGAAUAGCUCAGACGGGCACUGGGAAGACGCUGGCCUACCUCCUGCCUGGCUUCAUCCAUAUGGACCAGCAGCCAGUUCCCAGAGACCGGCGGGACGGGCCUGGCAUGCUGGUUCUGACCCCGACCCGAGAGCUCGCUCUGCAGAUUGAGGCGGAGUGCAACAAGUACAGCUACAAGGGCUUCACCAGCGUCUGUAUUUACGGAGGAGGAGACCGCAGGGCCCAGAUCAGAGUGACCGCCAGCGGCGUGGACAUCGUCAUCGCCACCCCCGGCCGGCUGAAUGACCUCCAGAUGAACGAACACAUCAACCUGCGCUCUGUCACAUACCUGGUCCUGGAUGAAGCUGACCGCAUGCUGGACAUGGGCUUUGAGCCGCAGAUCAUGAAGAUCAUUCUGGACAUCCGGCCGGACAGGCAGACGGUCAUGACCAGCGCCACCUGGCCCCCAGGUGUGAGGCGUCUGGCCAAGUCGUACCUGAAGGACCCCAUGAUGGUGUACGUGGGGACGCUGGACCUGGCGGCUGUGAACACCGUGGAGCAGGCCGUGUUGAUCGUCCAGGAGGAGGAGAAGAAGGCCUACGUCUACGAUUUCAUCCACAACAUGGAGCCUGAAGACAAAGUGCUCAUAUUCGUUGGAAAAAAGCUAGUGGCGGAUGACCUGUCCAGCGACCUGUGCCUGCGAGGCAUUGCGGUGCAGUCUCUCCACGGCGACAGGGAGCAGUGUGACAGAGAGGAGGCACUGCAGGACUUUAAGGACGGCCGGGUGAGGAUCCUGGUGGCCACUGACCUGGCCUCCCGGGGGCUGGACGUGCACGACAUCACUCACGUCUUCAACUACGACUUCCCGCGCAACGUGGAGGAGUACGUGCACCGCGUGGGGCGCACAGGGCGAGCGGGCCGAUCGGGCGUGGCCGUGACCCUGGUGACGAGGGCAGACUGGAAGUGGGCGUCUGAGCUGAUCCACAUCCUGGAGAGAGCGGGACAGACGGUGCCUGAGGAGCUGGUGCUGAUGGCGGAGCGCCACGAAAAACACCAGCGAGAGAAAGAGGCGAACGCCCCCCGCACCCGCGGGGGGGGAGGAGGAGGGGGAGGAGGAAGAGGAGGGAGGCCCGGGGGAGGAGGGGGCCGAGGAGGCAGAGCCUGGGACCGGGGAGAGUCCAGCUGGUGGUUCUGA